GAAAACUUUUCUUUCUUUCGACAGAAGGAGGGGUGUUGUGGGGAAAAAGUGCUCGGCGGACCGUGAAGCGUAGCAGCGAGAAGAGGGACAAAGACGCACAUAGCGGGGCAAAAUGCGACAGACAGAAACCUCUUCCAGCUAAAAAAAAAGUUUCAAAAACAACAACGUCGGAAUGCGUGGAUGGAUGUUGGAAGCGACGGAGCUGCGGGGAAAAGAGGAGUCGCGACCGGCGACGGCGAGAAAGAUGAGUUUGAGUCUACAAACCGAGUCGCGGACAAAAGCUGCGGUUUAGAGAGUGUUGCAGUAACUUUGGAUGGUGAGAUCUGCGCCGCGGUGGCACGGAGCGAGGGGCUCGGGCUGCAGUUGUGGAGAAUGGUCGCCCACUUAUGAACGGACUUUGUUUUCCCGGAAUUACUUUUUCUCUCUUUUUUUUUUUGCAGCCACGCGUGGUGAUUUCCCCUGAGUCAGAUCUGACUUCCCUUGCUGCAAAGCUCCCCGGGAGGAGGCAAACUUAUCUUAGGUUUUGGGGAUCAUUAAUAACGGACCGAGCGUGUUUUUGUUAGACUGACUUGGUAACGAACCGCUUGCUCGCAGAACGCAUCGCGUGUACGGAAUACUCAUGAACUCCAGUCCGUGUGUCGGAGUGUGAAGCCCGCGUUGUCCCUGGUCCUAAUGCGCUGGUGGAGAAAGAGCACGUCGCCGAGCUAGACCUCCAUCCCAAGCAUGAGAUGCUGGUGCGGCGCCCUGGCACUUCUCCCCUGGGUGCUGGUGGCCUUGGAUGCCCAGCUCAUCUGCUGGCAGGCACUCCUGCGGUGCCACGAGGAGCCCGACUGCGACCUCGCGUACGGCCAGUACCUGGCGGCCUGUGAGGGGAACAUCAGGGGCACGAGGAGGCAGUGUCCGAGCCACUGCAUCAACGCGCUGAUCCGGCUCAAUCACACCCGCAGCGGGCCGGACCUAGAGACCUGCGACUGCGCGCGGGACCUGGAGUGCCUCGGCGCCAAGCGCGCCGUCGAGCCGUGCCUCCCCCGCCGGCACCCGAGCGACGCCGGCGGCAUCGGCUGCAUGGAGGCCCGGCAGCGCUGCGAGGAGGACGGCGACUGCCACGCCUCCCUCGCGGCCUACCUGUCAUACUGCGGGCAGCUAUUCAACGGGCGGAAGUGCUCGUCCAAGUGCAAGGCCACCAUCCAGCAGAUGCUGUUCAUCCCGAACGGCGCGCUGCUGAACCGCUGCGUUUGCGACGGGGUGGAGAGGCCCUUCUGCGAGGUGGUGAAGGAGAACAUGAGCAAACUUUGCUCCAUAGGGGACCACAUGGUUAUUUCAGACCAGCCGGAUGUGGAGGACCUGUAUGAGGAUGAAGACUAUGACCCUAAAGGUGACAGAGAGGAGGAGUUUCCCGAUCAUUCCUCUGCUUCACAGAGGUUGCCCGGCUACAUGACGCUCCUGUUUCUUCCUCUAGCAAGGAUAUUGUACUGAGACAAUGAAACAUUUAUUGGAUUUAUGAGAUCGAGAAAAAUCCACCUCCUGAGAGCCAAGAGUCCAGCUGGAGUUGGGAUGGAAUCAGUGACUUGAUUUAGAGACGCUUCGUCAUGGACUCGAACUCAGGUCUGCCGGAUAAGGGAGAGCUAUUUUAUACACCCUCAAGGCCUCCCUGCCAUUCCAUUUUAGUUGCAGGACGACAGUAGUGAUUUGCGCGUGCUUCCCAUAACGGUACAAUUUGCAUAGCAAAUCAUCUUCGAGCACAUCUCUCUCUGAGCGAAAGUGCACUUUUUUUUUGUCGAAGCCUGUUGGCAAAACAAAGUAGUUCCAGGUGACGAUGAGAGGAAGUGAACCACGGCGGACCUUGUUGCUGAGUGGAGUGCCUUUAAGUAGCUCCCUGUUUGUUUGGUUGGUUUCAAUGGUACUUGGGAGUGUGGCUUUAUUAAGACCUUGGACAAACAUUGGACCCGUCCCGGGUCUCUGUUUGCUCUGCUCUCCAUUUCAGGAGGGGGGGGGGGUCUCUCUGCAUUGUCGCAGCGACCGCACUUCAAAUAUUUGUUGGAGCAGCAGUCAAAGGACGAGGCGAGGGUUGUGGGAUCAAGUACUGAAAUUAACUGAAGCACCUCUUCCGGGCCACUCUGUCUGCCCCCCCCCCCCCAUGUGAGAUUGUUUUAUUGAACUUUUCCUGAGACAGCCACCCACCCCCUCUUCCUCCUCUCCACCGCCUGCCCCCUUUCACGCCUUCAAAAAGACCCCCGUCUUUAUUACUGCUCUCACACUGAAGCUACAAGCCAGGAAAAAGCUGACUGCUGCUGGUGCCGAAAGGUCAACAUACCUGCUGCUGAUGUUACCCGAGGUCCACACCGAUAGCCCAGAGAUUCCAACCAGCAGCCUUUCAGCCCCACUGUUUUCGUCCACUGUUCCACUUUGAGGCUGAUUUAUCAAAAAAGUGAAAGUAAAAACACAAAGCAUUUGUCGGGAACGAUCACUUGUGACGAAGCCGCCGAUUUGUGUCUUCGCCACUUGAAGUUGUGUCAAAGCUAAUCGUUCUUUUGUUUUUGUUCUGUCACGAUGUCUCGAAGAAUGUUGCUGAACGUUAAAUUAUGAAGCUAGAAUAUGAAGAAUGUGUACGUGUUUGACAGUUAUAUGCAGUAAAGUAAGCCAACGCGGUCACUUCGACGCAGUACGGACACGCGAACUAGCUCCGGGGUUUUUGUGCGCACGCGAAAAAAAAAGAUUUAGGCUCUAUGGUUUUUUUUCCAUCUCAUCUUGUGCAGUAAAUACUUCAGAGCCGUGUCUUCCAUGUGGGAAGGUUGAGUUUUAUAAUAAAAUGUUUAUGAGCUAAAGUGGUGUGAUGUGAUUCGUCCACAGAGAGGAAGUAGAAAGAUCAGCUGGUUUUCCUCUGAGUGCAGUAAUACGUCUACCAUAUUAGAUUACUUUGUACGGUGUGAUAAACAGUAUCUGAAAGCCUCAAAAGCAGAAGUUACUGUCUGAAGAUGUCAUUCUCAAGUCAAGGGAGCACAGAAUGUCUUCCCGUCUAAUGUUUAAGGGAUGAGGUCAGUGUAACUGAAACCCGGUGAGGAAUUUAAGGUGUCUAGCUCCAUCUCCAUUGAAGCAAAAAAUGACAAUUCAGGAUUCUAUCAAAUUUAGGCUCAAGUUGCAAUUAAACUACCAUGAUUUUUAGAAGAGGGCAGAGGGAAAGUAAAUAAAACUCGUGAGUUGAUCCAAUUGAGUCGGUGUAUCAGAAGGACUUUUUAUUUUA